AUGAAGUCGCGCCGUCGUUCUUGGAUGUCGCACCCGAGCUGGGUGAUGGUCUCCUUCCUCACCGAGGUCCUCAGCAACAACAUCAGCCUGGCCCAAUCGCCGACAAACUGCUCGAACGAUACGGAGAUUAUCAACUUGCUGAUAAGGGAUACGUAUAAUAAGCACUAUCUCCCCCAACACCCAGUGCAAGUCCGCGUUGACAUGUGGGUCCAAGAAGUCACCGCCGUUUCCGAGUUGACGCAAGAUUUUGAGAUCGACCUCUACAUCAACGAAUUCUGGGAAGACCCGGCGUUGGCCUAUGAACAUCUAAAUCCGUGCAAAACAAACUACUCCUUUGACGAUAAAGUCCUUAAACGACUCUGGAUCCCGAACACCUGCUUUAUCAACUCGAAAAAUGCCGCCAUCCACGAGUCGCCGUUUCGAAACGUCUUCCUUAUGAUAUUUUCCAACGGAACUCUAUGGACGAAUUACCGAAUGAAAGUCACCGGGCCAUGCCAGAUGAAUUUGAAGCGAUUCCCGUUCGAUCGACAAAAAUGUUUGCUCACCUUCGAAUCUUAUAACUACAACACCGGCGAAGUGCGAAUGGAGUGGAAUCGACCUUUCUCGGUGAUUCUGAUGAAAGACAUCCAGCUGCCCGACUUCGAGCUGGUCAACUUCUCGGAUGAGUAUAUUGAACAGCAAUACCCAGCCGGGCUGUGGGACGAGUUGACGGUGUCAUUUGUAUUCAAGCGUCGUUACGGGUGGUACAUCCUGCAGGGUUACAUUCCAACAAUGGUCACCAUCGUCAUCUCUUGGAUUUCAUUCUACCUGGGACCGAGAGCCAUCCCAGCCCGGACGAUGCUUGGAGUCAACUCUCUGCUUGCCAUGACGUUCCAGUUUGGAAAUAUCAUCAGGAAUUUGCCUCGGGUUUCUUAUGUGAAGGCGAUUGACGUGUGGAUGCUAAGCGGUAUGCUGUUCAUCUUCAUGUCCCUCCUCGAGCUGUGCGUGGUCGGUUUCAUGUCCAGGAACGAGGGCCUUCCCCCAAAACCGAGCAGAAAACGAAAAAGGGAGGCCGAGGAGGAGGACGUCGCGUGGAAAGGAGCACAGAGUAGUCCACACCUCGAACUGCGACAAUUCUGGGUGGACAAGCGGUGUUCGUCGAUGCGGAAUCAUGAUAAUCAUAAUAAUGAGGCCGCACCUCCCGAAUCCGAUAUGCCAGCCCUUGCCACUAUCAAACGCUCCAGAGAACGCCGAUCGUUCUUUGGAGCCGUCCGGAAACGCUGGAAGAAAAUGCCGACAAUCCGCCCGGAAGUUGUCGAUUUUUAUAGCGCCAUCCUAUUCCCCACCUGCUACUGUAUGUUUAACAUUGCGUACUGGACGUACUAUUUGACGGACUUGUCGAGCUCAGUGGAAUUGAAUUUGGAUGCGGCAAUGCCUGCAAAA